AUCAAACACCUAGGCAUGCAGACUGCUUCUACAAACAUUUGUGAAAGAAUGGGUCGCUCUCAGGAGCUCAGUGAAUUCAAGCGUGGUACUGUGAUAGGUUGUCACCUGUGCAAUAAGUCCAUCCGUGACAUUUCCUUGCUACUAAAUAUUCCACGAACAACUGUUAGUGGUAUUAUAACAAAGUGGAAGUAGCUGGGAACAACUGUAACUCAGCCACAAAGUGGUAGGCCACGUAAAAUGACAGAGCGGGGUCAGCGCAUGCUGAAGCACACAGUGUGCAGAUGUCACCAACUGUCACAACUGUCAAUAGCUAAAGAUCUGCAAACUUCAUGUGCCUUCAGAUUAGCAAAACAACGUAGAGAGCUUCAUGGAAUGAGUUUCCAUGGCUAA